AACGUGAAAAUAAUUUUUGAAUAAUUUAGUCUGAGACAGACAGAGGGAUAUACUCGUGAAUUUGUUGUAUUCUUUGUGCAUUUGCAUCUUGAUGUUGUUCUGAUUCUUCCAAAUCAAACGCAACGGCAACAGGGAAGGAACAAUCACAAUCACAAGAACGCAAUUGAAUUCCUUUCCCUUUGCAAUUCCAAGUUUCAUCAUUAUCCGUCAAAAUCGUCAUUCGAUUAGAUUUUUUCUGCUAUGGGUCAAGCUUUUCGGAAACUCUUCGAUACCUUCUUCGGCAACACCGAGAUGCGGGUUGUUAUGCUUGGUCUUGAUGCUGCUGGAAAAACAACUAUACUGUACAAGCUUCACAUUGGAGAAGUUUUAUCUACUGUUCCUACUAUUGGUUUCAAUGUGGAGAAGGUUCAGUAUAAGAAUGUUAUUUUCACGGUUUGGGAUGUUGGAGGGCAAGAGAAACUUAGGGCACUUUGGAGGCACUAUUUUAACAAUACAGAUGGUUUGAUUUAUGUUGUUGAUAGUCUGGACCGUGAGAGGAUUGGGAAAGCAAAGCAGGAAUUUCAGACAAUCAUAAACGACCCAUUUAUGCUCAACAGUAUUAUCUUGGUCUUCGCCAACAAACAAGAUCUGAGAGGAGCGAUGACGACAAAGGAAGUAUGUGAUGGACUGGGUCUGUUUGAUCUCAAGAAUAGACAGUGGCACAUACAAGCCACUUGUGCGCUUAAGGGGGAUGGCCUUUAUGAAGGCUUGGACUGGUUGUCCUCAACUCUCAAGGAGAGGAAUGCUGCUGGAUACUCGUCAAUAGGACUAGGAACUGCAUCCUUCUAAUUUUCCAGGUAUUUUGGCCUUAGGCUUUGGUGAUUGGUGAAUCUGUUGACUGGCCAGUUCUAAAAUGCUGUGAUUUGAUAAUCAAAUUUUUGUUGUCUCAUCUGAAGCUGAUGAAGUGUCACUAAAAUGCUGUGACUUGCUCCAACUAUAGAAGAUUGUGCAUGCCGAAUGAUUAACUAUAUAAAUUAUGUUGCCAUGUUCAUACUCUCCAUGAUAGGUGAUGGAUACUGGAUCAUUUGUUCAUUCUCCCUCGAUUUCCCCUUGUGUGUGGCUGUGCCGGGUUCCUAGAUUCAUAAAUAUAAUGAUUCUGACAAAUACAUUGGGAGCUGGUCAUGAUUUUCUUUUGCACAAUGUCUUAUUAUGAUUCAAUUCAAUUGGGUGGUUGCAAUUA